AAAAACCCUGAAACUGGUGGCAGCAGCUCGCAGGACACCUGAGCUUCUGGGAUCCAUUUCCGCGGGGCUUCGACGGACGUUUACGCCACGUCGUGGAUGAUGCUGACGGGACGCAGCGGGGAUUAAGACCGGGACGCACACGCGGACGAAUCUGCCUCCAUUGAGGGGUGACGGAGCGGUCUGCGGGCACCACCACCAGCAACAGCUCCACCAGCAGCUCCACCAGCAGCAGCUCCAGCAGCAUCCGCCGCUCCGCGGAUGGAGAUGCGUUGUGACGGCGGAGGGAUGCUGGUGCUGAUGCUGAGGAUCUAGUCGGCGGGGCUGUCGUCGUGUCACAGGGAGCGAGAGGGAGACGGGAGCGGCUCUGACAUGGAGGGAAGCGGCUGCUCGGGCCGCCCGGAUCCGCGGGCUGGAUGCGCCGCGUGAAGCCCCCCCCCUCCCGGAGGAGCCGAGCCGUGGGCAUCUCAGUCAAGUUGAAUUCCUCACGGUUGGAUUAGAAAUUUUUGCCGUGCGUAAAAGUGCACGUCCCCGUAUGAUGAUGCUUGAUAGGAGGCUCGCAGCAGCGCCUGUGCCAGUUCGGGGGGGAUUACGUCUACACAGCAGCGGGCCUCCGUCAGAGCGCAGCUUCUGAACCGUAAAGACAAGCACCACCCUGUUGCUGGAGGUAACCAUUGAUUGUGCUGUAUCACCGUGGUCCUUCCCGUGGAGGGACGGCUGUUGCAGAAGAUGACUCACCUGCAGGCUGGCCUCUCUCCAGAGACCCUGGAGAAGGCCAAGGUGGAGCUGAAGGAAAACCCGGACACUUUGCACCAGGACAUCCAGGAGGUCCGGGACAUGAUCAUCACGCGGCCGGACAUCGGCUUCCUCAGGACCGACGACGCGUUCAUCCUCCGGUUCCUCCGGGCCAGGAAGUUCAACCACUUCGAGGCGUUCCGGCUGCUGGCGCAGUACUUUGAGUACCGGCAGCAGAACCUGGACAUGUUCAAGAACCUGAAAGCCACGGACCCGGGCAUCAAGCAGGCCCUGAAGGACGGCUUUCCCGGCGUGCUGUCCAACCUGGACAGAUAUGGAAGGAAAAUACUGGUCCUGUUCGCAGCCAACUGGGACCAGAGCAGGUACACCUUCGUGGACAUCCUGAGGGCCAUCCUGCUGUCGCUGGAGUCCAUGAUCGAGGACCCGGAGCUGCAGGUCAACGGCUUCAUCCUCACCAUCGACUGGAGUAACUUCACCUUCAAGCAGGCGUCCAAGCUGACCCCCAGCAUGCUGCGGCUGGCCAUCGAGGGGCUGCAGGACAGUUUUCCAGCCCGGUUCGGAGGGAUCCACUUUGUGAACCAGCCGUGGUACAUCCACGCCCUCUACACCGUCAUACGGCCCUUCCUCAAGGACAAGACCCGCAAGAGGAUCUUCAUGCACGGCAACAACCUGAACAGCCUCCACCUGCUCAUCCACCCGGAGAUCCUGCCCUCGGAGCUCGGCGGGAUGAUGCCGCCCUACGACAUGGGCACGUGGGCCCGGGCGCUGCUGGACCACGCCUACGACGAGGAGGCCGAGUACGGCCCCGAGUCCUACACCCUGUCGGUGCGGGACCUGGAGAGGGACCUGUCCCCGAAAGCCAUGAAGAGGUCUCAGUCGGUGGUGGAACCCGGCGUCCUGAAGCGACUGGACAAGAGCGGCGAGGACAACAUGCAGCCGCUGCUCUCACUGGACUGAACGCGUUUACACACAAACACCCCCCCCCCCC